ACUGAGGAGUGGAGGAGGAGAGGAUGAGUGCGUGCGCGUGUGUUGAGGAAAAGGCGUUUGGUGCGUUUCAGCGAGGGUCUUGCUGUGGUCAUUAUAUAGAGCAUGAAUCGCUCGGACAUCAGUGUCAGGCUUUGGCAGGUGUGCACGAUGGAUUGAGGACGCGCAUGCUCGCUCCCGCUUCAUCUACACUGCUACCUCCUGUGCUGUAAGAAGCUUUACGUCCACCACUUCCUCCCCGUCAGCCCUGCUUCCUGCUCUCCCACCCAUCACCCCACCCCACCCAAAAAAAAACAAAACUUUUCAUGAUAUACAGAAGCAUUCAGAUCUUUUCCCACAAUGUUAUGUCAAGGAUUAUGAUCAACUCUAGAUUAGCGAAAAGGGCAAUAAUUUCAGGAAGAUGAAUUCAUUAUGAAUAGAAAUAUAUAUAUUUUUCACCAAGAAAAAAAUGUAAGAAAAUAUAUUUUUGCAUCACACUUGAAGAUUAGUUUCUAAGACUUCGAUCACUUUGCACACGAUCCUUUGUCUACUUUCAUAUCUGAAAUCAAGACAAAACCUGCGGUCUCAUGAUGAUGUGCGAAGUCAUGCCCACCAUAUCAGAGGAUGGGCGGAGUGGGACCGGUGGAGGUCCCGCUUCUCCUGCGGGUGCAGGCGUAGGGGGAUCCGGAGGAGCGAUGGGAGGUGGAGGCUUCAGCGGAAGAGAUCCAAGAGGUGGAGGAGAUGAAGGUGGCAGCACGGGAAACCUGGAGUCUCUCAUGGUCAACAUGCUGACGGAGAGGGAGCGGCUGCUGGAGAACCUGCGCGAGACCCAGGAGAGUCUGGGGACAGCUCAGCUCCGACUUAGAGAACUCAGCCAUGAGAAGGAGUCACUUCAGAGGCAGCUGUCCAUCGCGUUACCACAGGAGUUUGCUGUGUUGACUAAAGAGCUCAACGUUUGCCGCGAGCAGCUUCUGGAGAGGGAGGAGGAGAUUGCUGAGCUCAAGGCGGAGAGGAACAACACACGUCUGCUGCUGGAGCACCUGGAGUGUCUGGUGUCUCGCCAUGAGCGCAGUCUGAGGAUGACUGUGGUGAAGAGACAAGCCCAAUCCCCAGCGGGUGUAUCCAGUGAGGUGGAGGUCCUCAAGGCCCUCAAGUCUCUGUUUGAGCACCACAAGGCCCUCGACGAGAAGGUCCGAGAGCGUCUUCGCGUGGCCCUCGAGCGAGUGUCCAUGUUGGAAGAUCAACUGGCAGCGUCUUCUCAAGAGGUAAUCUCUUUAAGAGACCAAAUUAAAAGACGUCAACAAGGGGUGGACGGCGGGAAAGAUCGACUACCCAACGGCCCCUCGUCUGGCCUGGAGGACAGCGAGCUGGAGCGGCAAAGAGAGGGGGAAAUCGAGCGACAAAGAGCUGAACUCUCGCAGCUGAGGGAGAGGCUGGCGCUCAUGUGCCGGCAGGUUGGGGAAAUAGAGGAACAGCUUGCAGCCGCCAGGAGGGAGGUGACGAAGUCAGAGGAGGCCAAUCAGAAGCUCCAGAGGGAAGUGAAAGAGGCUCUGUGUCAAAGGGAAGACAUGGAGGAACGCAUCACCACACUAGAACGCAGGUACCUCAGUGCUCAGAGGGAGGCCACGUCUCUCCAUGACAUCAAAGACAAGCUGGAGAACGAGCUGGCCAGCAAGGAAUCCCUGCAUAGACAGAGUGAGGAGAAGAACCGACAACUGCAGGAACGACUGGAUGAAGCAAAGCAGAAGCUCCAGCAGACCCUGCAGAGAGCUGAAACUCUCCCUGAGAUUGAGGCCCAGCUCGCCCAGAGAGUCGCUGCCCUCAACAAGGCAGAAGAACGCCACGGAAACUUUGAGGAGCGACUACGACAAAUGGAAGCUCAGCUUGAGGAGAAGAACCAGGAGCUCCAGAGGGCGAGGCAGCGGGAGAAGAUGAACGACGAACACAACAAACGGUUAUCAGACACUGUAGACAAACUCCUGUCCGAGUCCAAUGAGAGACUCCAACUUCACCUGAAAGAGAGGAUGGCAGCACUGGAGGAGAAGAAUGCACUGUCUGAGGAGCUGUCCAAUAUGAAGAAAAUACAAGAUGACCUUCUUGCCAACAAGGAGCAACUCCUUGCGGAACUGGAGCGAAUCCAGCUGGAGUUGGAUCAGCUGAGAGGCCGACCUGGUUCCUAUUCCAGGGCGGGCAGUGUCAGCUCACUUCCCUCCACCCUCUUUCGACGGUCUCUCCCGGGUAGUGCCUCCGAGCUGCGCUACCCACAGGGCGGUGGUUCACUUCCAGCUGGGUACAGCAGCUCCUCUGGGGGCGUGGUGGUCAGGCGGACACACCGCGGUCGCUGGGGGUCUUCUAGAGACGAUAACAAGUAUGGGGAUUGGGACAGUGGCACAAUGCUGGGCCCGGGGUAUGAAGGCGGGGUGGAGGGGGGCUGCUCCGAUGACGAGGAUGACAGGGAAACCCUCUUCGGAUCAGACCUGCUUUCUCCAAGUGGGCAGACGGACGUACAGACUUUGGCCAUUAUGCUGCAGGAGCAGUUGGAGGCCAUUAACAAAGAGAUUAAGCUUAUUCAGGAAGAAAAGGAAAGCACAGAGUUGAGGGCGGAGGAGAUCGAGAGUCGCGUUAGCAGUGUCGCCCUCGAUGCCUCGCACCCGCCCUCCUCCCUGGGAGGACGGGACAGUGUCGGGAGGGGCUACAUGACUCCCUCGAUCACCUCCUCCACUCUGGCAUCUCCCUCACCGCCCAGUUCUGGACAUUCCACCCCACGACUGCCCCACUCUCCAGCCAGGGAGAAUGACAGACAGAACAGCAAAGAGGGUGAGGAAUGUCGAGCACUCGCCCUGAUAGACUCCACGCCCCCACCUGUUCCUCGAGCCCUGCGAUUGGACAGGAUGACUCACACUCAUCCGGGGGCAGGUCUGGAUGAUCACCGUGAAUUCCGCAGUCUUUCCGCCGAUGGGGCCACCACUGCCAGCCAGGAUUCUCUCCACAAAGCCAGCAAGAAGAAAAGUAUCAAGUCGUCUAUCGGACGUCUCUUUGGAAAGAAAGAAAAAGGGAGGAUGGGUGCGCCUGGUCGCGAGUCUGCGUCCUUGGCGUCCACGCCCUCAGAUGAUCUGGGCUCAGCAGAUCCACUAGGCCUGGCUAAGCUCGGGACAGGAACAGUGGAAAAAGACCGUCGCAGCAAAAAGAAACACGACCUGUUGGAAGAAGCUUGUCGUCAGGGUCUGCCUUUUGCUUCAUGGGACGGACCCACUGUGGUGACAUGGCUUGAGCUGUGGGUCGGCAUGCCAGCCUGGUAUGUGGCUGCGUGUCGUGCCAACGUGAAGAGCGGUGCCAUUAUGGCCAACCUGUCAGACACAGAGAUCCAGAGAGAGAUCGGCAUCAGCAACCCUCUGCACAGGCUCAAGCUCCGUCUGGCCAUCCAGGAAAUGGUGUCGCUGACCAGCCCGUCUGCUCCUGCUAGCACACGAUCGUCCACUAGUAAUAUUUGGAUGACGCACGCUGAGAUGGAGUCACUCAGCGCUGCCCCGAAACCAGAGGUGAAAGAGUUCAGUUGGGACCAGAUCUUAGCUUACGGCGACAUGAACCAUGAGUGGGUGGGAAACGAGUGGCUGCCCAGUUUAGGUCUGCCUCAGUACCGCUCCUACUUUAUGGAGUCUCUAGUGGAUGCCCGCAUGCUGGACCACCUGACCAAGAAAGAAUUGAGAGGCCAACUGAAGAUGGUGGACAGUUUCCAUAGGGUGAGUCUUCACUACGGGAUCAUGUGUUUGAAGCGCUUGAACUACGACAGGAAGGAGCUGGAGAGGAGGAGGGAUGAGAGUCAACAUCAAAACCAAGAUGUCAUGGUGUGGUCAAACGAGCGCGUCAUGUGUUGGGUACAAUCCAUUGGCCUCAAAGAGUUUGCAGACAACCUUCUAGAAAGCGGAGUCCACGGGUCGCUCCUUGCUCUGGAUGACACCUUUGACUACACUGACCUCGCCCUUCUUCUUCAGAUACCAAAUCAGAACACACAGGCAAGGCAGCUUUUAGAGAAAGAAUACAACGCUCUCAUCUCCAUGGGAACGGAAAGGAGGCCAGAUGAGGACGGCACAAAAACAUUCACACGGUCGCCAUCAUGGAGGAAGAUGUUCAGGGAGAAGGAUCUUCGCAGCGUGACCUCUGACUCCUCAGAAACUCUACCUGCCAACUUCCGUGCCUCCGCAAUCUCCACUCCCUCUGUUACAUUAAGAAAAGUUCAGAGUGAAGUAAACUCUGGUGCAAGAGGCGAGUCUGCGUCAGUGAGGACGUACUCCUGCUAAAAGAAAAGCACACAAGACUUCUGAAUCCAACAAUCAUCUCUGAAGAGAAAAAAAAAAUAGAAGAUGAAAAUCUAAGGAGAUGAUCAACUUUAGAAAAUAUUUUAUUCAAAACGCAGAGUGAAUGGAUUGAAAUGAUAAAGCAAUGAGUGAAUGUGUUCGUUCAUCUCACGCCCUCAAAGAACACACAUACACACAUACCGUCAAGAAACACACACAAGCAAACACAAUGACCCAUAAAUGUGGCAUGACUGUAUGAAUCUGUAGGAAGUGACUCGUCAUGACUCCAUCUUCUGUUGUCAAGUGUGAGACGGCAAUACUGACUCAAAGAAUCAAGGAAGGUGCGUUCCGACGCUGUGCUGCGAGUGACAUCACAGAACCGUCGAGGACGGGACGCUGAGGAAGUGAGUUUUAUGUUCUGAAGCCAUAAAAGACACGAGAUGCACAAAUGUGAAUAAGACGGACAAUGAAACAAGACGUGCUUCAUCUUUAAACUCGAACAUCAGCGUGAAGCAUUUGUGUUAAUCUGCAUGCCAAAAUCAACCAUUUUAGAGUGAACGUCAUGACAUCAUCAUCUACUGCUGUGAUAGCUUGGGUAAGGACUUUGUACAAUGUGUGUAUUUUAUUUUUAUCAUUUUUUUAAGACAACUUCUCUUGUAUGUAUGUAUGUACAGUACGUAUGUGUGUGUGUGUAUUAAAUGAUGUUCAUUUCAUACUUAGUUCCAAGACUGAUGGUAAUUUCAUUUGGCCAAAAGAGUUCAAUAUGUUUCAAAUGAUGGACGUUUAAGAUAUGCUACUUGUAUGUGUACAUUAAAAAAAAGAAAAGAAAAAGAAAAAAAAAGAAAUUGUCUAAUGAUUGAAAUUCCUAUUACUGGACAGUAGUGCUGAUAAUUGAAUAUAUGAGAACAAUAAUGAUGAUGAUUGUAAAAGCUGUAAUUAAAAAAAAUACCUGUUAAUUAUCUA